AUGCCGGCGCAGCAGCCAUAUUUGCAAGGUUUCCAGGGCGAAACGUACGAGCCGACGUUCGACCCAAAGGCCGUUACGCGUGCCAGUUGGGAACCCAAACCCAGGAAACCCAAGCCCAAGGGGCCAUUGGUUUCGUUCAAUCGCCAUCCUGAUGCCCACAUGGUUUUGCAGCAUCGAUCGGGUAACUACAAGCUUAUGGGACCUCGGACAAAGAAGGCUAUCCGCUAUCUGCGACGAGUACAGCUAUUCCUACGUGUCCUCGAGCUCAAUGGGGCCCUCGGUAUUCUGGUUUUGAUGAUUCUACUUGACAAGAUCGAAACUGUAACAGCCUUAGUGAUGAGAAUCACGCCGGGAAUUGUGGCCCUCAAUUGUUGUUACGCCAUUUAUCAUCUAUCUCGUGAUGCGGCGAGCCGUCCGCCUUCCUCCUCAUCUGCGUACCAGCUCUUCUCUGGUGUUGCAGAUAUGUGUACCCUUGGCCUGUACGCCUACUCAGCCUUUACUGUUCAUAAUGAUUCUGCGGGAUGGACGACUCGGCUGUCAGACCAAGGUCUUCUCGAGUAUUUCAUCCCAGCAAUCUAUUACACCCUAAUUGGAACAGGUGGCCUUCACUUCUUCACGUUGGCCAUAUCACUCUGGCUGGCUUAUGCAUUCCGACAAAUUAGUCUGAUGCCACCUGACAUGAACCCAUUGGAGGACCAUCUCACAGCUCGCCCCUUCCAUAAGAGAAACAAGUCCUCCAUGACGACUCUCAAUAGCGACACCAACGAGAAGCGCAUGUCAACACCCUACAGCCCGGACUCUCGUCGCCAAUCUGUAGCAAGGUCCGAUGUAUCUCGCCCAACGUCUAUUCCCUUCAUGCAUACCCGUGAAGGUUCCCGCACCUCUCUGACCGCUGCCCGCAUGUCUCGGGACCUUCAAGGCUCGCUGGAUCAAGAGGACAGUCUAAGGCGAGGCUCUGUUCUUUCACACAAUACAAAGCUGCCCUCUUUCCGCUCCUUGCCCAGCCAACGUGGAGCUUAUUCAGAGGUCCCUCUCCAGGAUGAUUCUGCUGCUCCGCCUCGUUCAGGCACAUCUUCAUCUUCCCAAGAAGGGGGUGAUCAACGCAGAGUUGCCAAAUUUACCGAAACAUGGGCACCAACUGAUUCUUUAAUCUCAAGGACAAACCAGAAGAAUCGCAAUGCUGCAGUUGCAAUGCGCCAGGACAAUAGAAACACUUAUGCUGCCUUGGAGCAACGCUACUACGGUGAUGAAGACUCAGAGUCGGAUUAUGAGAAUUACCACACCUACGCUCAUGACAGUGACCAAGAGGAAAUGGAUUUGGCCAAACAACAUAGACAUCCCAACCCACUCGGAUCAAACCCCCAGGCUCCAUCACACGCUAAAGAAAAUGAGCCGAACUGGCCUUUCCAUGCUCCGUCAGAUGAUGUGACGGAGACCUCAUUACAAAGAUCUACUUCCUUGUCUGAGAUUAGCCAUAAUCAGCGAAAAGCUAGCGCGAGUCAAGACAUAACUGAGCAAACGCCUUCUCCCUCAACGUCGCCAAAGAGGAAAACAUGGCAGCCAAGGAAGUACACACCCGUUCAAACCACCAUCGGUUUUUACUCCAAGCCUUAUGGAGACCUCAAGAGCGCGACACCUCCCAUCAUGGUUGGAGCUGAUCGAAAGAUCUCGUCUGGCAACGAUUUCGAGUCCAACGCUUCUCAGGCUUAUGGCCGUCGCAACGUCAGUGGAAAGAUUGCCGAGGAGGGCCGAGCAGGUGGCAGUCGGCUCAGCAAGUAUGGUUUCUACUCCAACAAAAAGAACUGA